ACCCCGGAACGCUUUUUGACUAAUUUUGGCCGUGAUUUGGUUAGUUUUGAUGAGCAAUUGGGCUGGUUUUGUUGUGCAGACCUGGCAACACUGCGUAGCAGAGCGCUGUUCUCAAGAAAAAAUGUCAAAUUUUAGGAAAAUAGCCAAGGUGGUGCUGCCCGUGGCAGUGCCUGGAGCCCUUGGCCUGAUGUCUGCCACUGUUUUUGCUGCAAGCGAGGCCAAAGAAAAUAACACCACCCUAAAGACUGAUGAGCUUUCACUCUAUAACACGCCUGAGUCCCAGCUGAGGUACGAGGAGCCCGAGGUUGGUCAUGUUGAGCAGGGUGUGGCGUCUCUGAGAAAGACGGCGGAACCUUAUAUUUCAUGGUGUCAGGAAAAGACACAGUUUACCGUGGAGAAAGUACAGUCUUACUACAAGACUGUUGAGCCCGGUGUGAGUAACACUCAAAAUAUUGUAAAGGAUAUAUAUGCAUUUUUGAAUGACCCUCCAUCUGAGUUCUAUGCCAGUGUCGGUGUUAUCGGUUUUUCUGGAAUUCUGGGACUUUAUUUAGCAAAAGGCAGUACAAUCAAGAGACUGAUGUUUCCCACUGGGUUGAUGGCUCUCAGCGCCUCUAUGUUCUACCCACAACAUGCCGCCUCCGUUGCCAGGACCACAAAAGACUACAUAUUUUCCCGGGGUUCAGAAGGGCGAGUUGUUUUGGAGGAGCUGCUGAGAGGGAAGUCACCAUCCAAGGACAAAGUUGAGAAGACACAUAAAACAGACAGCCAAAAAUCAAGUUGAGACAAAGCAGUAAGUUUAAUGAGAAGUUCCUGCUUUGCACCGGGAUUGUGUUCUCUCAUCAAUGCACUGUAUUAGUUUAGUGGUUUUUGCUGUAUUAUUUUAUUGACCGUGUUUACUGAAACUGUAUAUUUUACCCUUUUUUUUUUGUCCAUUAUAUAAAAUAAAUUUACUUUAUAAAUGUACACUGCAACCAUUUGGACUGAACUGAAAAAGAGAAUUACCUACUUGACCUGCACUGUGAAAUUUCCAGACACUUUUCAGCAACUCAAUGACUUUCAGGUCUUACUGAUGGGUCCAAUUGUAUUUCCAGAGUAUUCUACACCAGUGUUGGCAUUGCAUUCUCUAGAGCUUUCCAGUAUCGUUAAACAAAGAUUUCGAACUUUCAUAAGUUUACAUUACCAUUUCACAAACCACGUUGAUAAGAAUCUGUCCCAUGAAACAUGAACUUGGCCUAGUCUGGACAUAAACAAAGGGACAUUCUGCAAAGUACAGCACCCUCCAGGAAACAAUCCAUUCUCUGUUCAUUUACAGUACAGUGCAGUAUGCAGUCUGCUUUUACUCUUUUACCCUUAUGACUUGCACAUUUGUUGUGGGAGGAAUGCCUGAAGGUGUUAUCUUAUGCAUAAAAUUAAAUACAAAUACUUU